AUGUAAUCGCUAACUCUCCACGAGAUGUAAAACCCGUAAUUGCAGACAUUGCAGUUGUGUCCGUAUCACUCGCGUCGACUGAUUCGAACUCUCUCGCCAUGUCGCGGUUUCUUCCGCUCUUUUCGCAAGUCGUUAUCCUGUUUCUCUCGGCGCGGGCCUCGUCGGAGGUGAAGGAGCCGACCUGCCAGGACAACUGCAACGUUACAACGUUACAACGUUUCGGUUACAAUGUUUGCCACUACAAGGGGGUACUCAUCGAAGUGACGCCGCUAAGUCGUUUCAAGGACCACCUGAACCUCAUGAACCUGGGUCUCUUGGCGAUUCAAGAGAAUGCUUUCAAGAACGUGUCGGCGACAUACUUGGUUCUGAGUAGCAACCGGAUAUCCGUGCUGAAGAGGGAAUCUUUCCGCGGUUUGCCCAACUUGGAGAGCCUCUCCUUGGGCGGCAAUGUGGUACCGUUAUCGGGGUAUUUGUUCGCAGAUUUAAGACGCCUGCGGUUGCUGUCGUUGGAAUCCAACGAGAUCAAUUCAAUACCGAAGGACUCGUUCGCCGGGCUGUCAAGCUUGACAAGUCUCUCCCUGGGUGGCAACGAUAUCGAAGCGAUCGAGGUGGAAUCCUUCUCGAGUCUUAAUCCCGGACUGCUGUACCUUUGGCUCGACAGGAAUAAAAUCUCUCGCGUCGCGCCGGAUUCCUUCGCCGGGUUAACCGAAUUGAAUAGCCUCGACUUGAGCUACAAUCGGCUAGAGGACUUGCCGAGCGGUGCCUUUCGAGGAUUGAACAAGCUGGAGUAUCUUUACUUAAGAAACAAUUGGAUAACAAGCGUCUCCAGGUCGUUCCUUCGCGACUUGGUCGGUCUGAAGCAACUCUAUCUUCAGCAGAACGAGAUCAGCGCUCUCGAGCCGGAUACGUUCAGGGACCUAUCUCAACUGGAACAACUGGACCUGAGCGGAAACAAACUGUCUCACAUUGUAGUCGGCACUUUUGCCGGGCUCUCCAAUCUGGUAGACAUCACGCUGUCCGACAAUGGCAUCCACACGGUCGACAAUGGCACUUUCGCUGAUCUCGUCAAACUGCGAGGUCUCUACUUUGAUGGCAACAACUUCACCGAAAUCGAAAAUGAGUUCCGCGGUUUGCCCAACUUGAAGUACCUCUCAUUGAACGGCAAUGUGGUACCGUUAUCGGGGUACAUGUUCGCGGAUUUGAGACACCUGUGGUUGCUGUCGUUGGAAUCCAACAAGAUCAAUUCGAUACCGAAGGACUCGUUCGCCGGGCUGUCAAACUUGAGAAUUCUCAAACUGGAUCACAACGAUAUCGAAGCGAUCGAGGCGGAAUUCUUUGCCGGGUUAACUGAACUGAAUUGCCUCUGCUUGAACGACAAUCGGCUAGAGGACUUGCCGAGCGGUGCCUUUCGAGGAUUGAACAAGCUGGAGGAACUUUACUUAAAUGACAAUCGGAUAACAAGCGUCUCCAGGUCGCUCCUCCGCGACUUGGUCGGUCUGAAGAGACUCUAUCUUCAGCAGAACGAGAUCAGCGCUCUCGAGCCGGGAACUUUCGGGGAUCUGUCUCAGCUGACACAACUGCACCUGAGCGGCAACAAACUGUCUCACAUUGCAUUCGGCACUUUUGCCGGACUCUCCAAUCUGGAAUCCAUCUAUCUGUCCGACAAUAAGAUCCAGACAGUGGAUAAUGGCACUUUCACUGGUCUUGUCAAACUGCGAUAUCUGUUCUUCGGUGGCAACAACUUCACUGAAAUCGACAAAGAAGUCAGCGGGCUCCCAUAUGUCACAGUUUAUUAAUAAAAAGUCUUAAAGAUCUGUUUAUACCUCACAAAGGGACAAAACUUUGACUUCUUGAAUUUUGCUAAAUUUUUAGUACGUUACAGUACACUUCAUUCACUAAUACAAGGUACAGCAACGGUCCAAUGCACAAUAGUUUAUUAAAUACUAAUGUUGAAAAUGUUUUUUUCGAUAUUAAUAAUAAAUAAACCAUGCUUGUGCAAAGAAGUCGCAUUCAUUAAAUGUGCAAAUUAGUAUAAUGUGUCUUAAUUGUUUCUAUGAUAGAUAUUCUUCAAAAACAUGUACAGAUUGUGAUUAUAAUCGAUAGUGCACAAAGUGACCAAAGAUUAAUUGUCAUGGAAUGUAUUUUUGUUGCUGUGUAUGUAAACAAUUACGGACAGGAAAAAUUUUAAACAUUAAUAUUUUAUAAACUAUUGCGCAUUGGACAGGAGUGAACGGGAUGUACUGUAACAUAAAAAUUGAAGAGGUCAAGGGUUGCAAUGGUUA